AUUUGAUGAAUAGCAUUUCAAUGUUCGACAGUAACAUAAUUUUACAACAACAACUCCUCCUUUAACAAAUGAUCAUCUACAACCAAAUGCUCUACUUAAAAACCUAAUCGUAACCCAAACUCAAAUAAUAACCAAUAAAACAAAAGAAUUUAGACGAUAAUGACUCUUUAUCUCACUAAGUCCAAAAAUAAGAUGAGACUACUUUGAUUAAACCAAUAUCAUCUAAAUAAACUAAAAAAUAAUCUAAGGCUUUGGAAAAAAAGGCAGCUUGUACUCUUGAAAAUGUGAAGGAGCAAAAGUAGGAAACUGUUUAGAAGAAAAAAAUAUUCUUGUCUAUGAUGGAUAUAAAGAAAGCUUAAUACAGAAAAUUUAAAAUUAUAGAGGAAAACAAUUAGAAGAAACCAAUUGCAGUAGUAUAUGACCAUUCUUGAGUUUCCUUUUGAAUUUGUUUAUAGUUUAUAGUAUUUAACAAAAAUUGUUUAUAUUUUUACUC